AAAGAAGUUUCAAGACCCAAACUUAAUUAGCUUCUUCUCUGCAAAGCCAAAGCUGCUUUCUUCCCGGCUAGCUGGCCUGGGUUGGAUAGCAACAUCUGAAGCUCUAUAAUCUGAGGAAAUGGAGAUUGGUUACAAGCCGUAUGUUGAUCCGGCAGUGGAAUCACUCAUAGAAAGAAUCCACCCUCCCAGGGUUUGCAUUGACAAUGAUACAUGCCCAGACUGCACGCUUGUGAAGGUUGACAGUGCAAAUAAGCAUGGGAUAUUGCUGGAGAUGGUCCAAGUUUUGACAGAUCUUGAUCUCCUCAUUUCCAAGUCUUAUAUUUGCUCUGAUGGUGGUUGGUUAAUGGAUGUAUUCCACGUGAAGGACAGACUGGGCUGCAAAAUUACUGACGAAAGACUUAUCCGUUACAUUCAACAGUCCAUUGGUGAAAGUAAAAUGGGGUCGAGGGAGGACCGGGACGGGCCCUGUAUCGGCCGAGAUGUUAGGCCCUGGCACGUCUUGACAAACCACACGGCCCUGGAAAUGACCACAGCAGACCGACCAGGACUCAUGUCUGAGAUAUCAGCCGUGCUUGCAGAGACGGGAUGCCACAUUUCUGCAGCCGUGGCGUGGACGCACAACGCCCGAGCAGCCUGCAUUCUCUACGUGGACGACCACUCCACCGACCCCUCCCAGCUGCCACACCUUCUGUCCCAGCUAGAGAACGUCCUCGACGCCCAUCACUGCAGUGGGGGGAGCAGGAGUGUGAGGCUGUCGGAGGCCGGGUCUGGGCAGACGCAUACCGAGAGGCGGCUGCACCAGUUGCUAGCCGGGGACAGCCACUACGAGCAAUGCUGUUCUGCUCCUGAUAGUGGUAAUAACGGUGACGAUGAUGGAAGGUGUUACAGGAAAAGAAGCUGCACCAGUGAAACAUACAUAAAAAUUGAGAACUGUGAAGAGAGAGGCUACUCCAUAGUUACCAUAAGAAGUGGAGACCGACCCAAGUUGCUGUUUGACACCAUCUGUGCUCUAACAGACAUGCAUUAUGUUGUUUUCCAUGCUUCCAUUAGCUCCCAUGACUCCAAAUCCUUCCAGGAAUAUUAUAUAAGGCACAAGGAUGGAUGGACUCUGAAUUCCGAAAUUGAAAGGCACAGACUGACUCAAUGUCUGAUUGCAGCAACGGAGAGGAGAAUUUCUCAUGGUUUGAGACUAGACGUUUGCACACAGAACCGAUUAGGCCUAUUAUCAGACAUCACAAGGGUGUUCCGUGAGAACGGUCUGUCCAUAACCAUGGCCGAGAUUGGAACCCGAGGCGACAGGGCAGUAGGCACAUUCUAUUUAAAAGAUUCCUCAGGGCAGACUGUCAAACCAGAAACAUUAGAAUCCCUGAGAAAAGAAAUAAUCGGCGGUACUGUUCUGGUGGUUCACAAUAAGUCAUCCGGCAGGCUUAGUCAGACAACCUCGUCCAGUGGUGGAAAACCUGGGUUUUCGCUAGGAGGAUUGAUAUGGGCACAGGUUGAGAAAUUCUCCAGCCACUAUUUCAGACCCAUAAAAUACUAAAUGCAACAUAUCGGCUUCUAUCUGUAAUUAAUUAGCGUAUAUAUAUCCCAUGUAAAUAGCUUUACAGCAUAGGAUAAUUAUAUUUUUAGUACACGUUAAACACGUUUAGAGGUGUAAUAUUAUGUUCAAGUAAAACAGUGGAACUUUUAUUA